AUGGCGACGCCAGCUGAGCUCCAAAAGCUGCUGACCCAAGGACAGCUCCCUGCACUGGAAGAGCUCCUCCAGAACUCGACUGAUGUAGAGAAAACGUUGGAGGAAAUCUUCCGUGUGGAGGCCACUAUGCCUUCAGGUUUUCGAGAGAUAAUGCUCGAUUUUGUGCACGGACUCCCGCAAGACCGAUGGAUCGUUUCCGCCUGUGAGGUCAUGCUGAAGCAGAGCGGGCGUUGGGACUCCUGGGUGGUAGCACUUGUACUACGGAAGGUGAUGCAGCGCGCGGUCGGUCAAACGCUCAUGCUUGCCGAGAUCGUCUGGGCUCGAGACCUCAGCUUUACGGCUCGAGCUUUAGCUUGCGGCUCCCCGGUUACGAUCUCCUCGGCCAUCGAUGGCAAUGUGCUCUACGUCGCUGGCAGUUCGUACGAUUUUGACGAGAAAAAUCGGUCUCCGUUUUGCUGGAAAGGCACGUGGGCGAACGAUAACAAGAAAGAGUUGUGGCGCCUGGUUGCAGCCCAGACCGGAACCUCCUCCGACUUCUAUUUCGUCAGCGUUUACGCAGAGGGAUACCUCUACGCUUCACAAGUUCCCGUUACGAGCGAUGUUGACGGCUUUGCGAUGAAGCGCGUGCUCGUAAAGCAUGGAGAAAGCCCUCCUAAUCCUGGUAAAACGGUGCCCGAUGCUGCUGGGCUGUGGCAUUUGCAGUCGCUAGAAGGGGAGACAUACACGCUCUACAAUGCCAGUCACGACGCCUUCUUGAGUUCCCCACGCGAAGCUAGUGACGGCUCUCGCCGCGACGUGGUGGCCGCCCCAUUCCGCCCGCUUGAUGGCAAACGAUCUACCAGCCGCGAAUGGAGCGUAAGCGCAACUCCGUCGGCGCUUGAGAUGGCUCUGCAGCAGUUUUUCGCGCGCAGGUACACUGAAGCAGUGGACUUGUUCACUGAAAUUCUUGCCAAAGACCAGCUAUCGACUGCUGACCGUACGAAGGUCCUGUGCUAUCGAAUGGCGGCGAACUUAAAGCUGCAGAACGGUGGCUGCUUCAAGCAGGACCUGGGCCUAGUGACGGAUGCUGGGCAAACGUCAUAA